UCGCUCAUAGCCCCGCCCCUGCCUGACAACCAGCACGCCUCGUGUCCGUCUCCUAGCAACCAGCUGUCAGCCGCUCCGUGCCGCUCCGUGCCGCUCCAGGCCGCCGGACUCGCCGCGUUCCGGGACUAAAAAGUUGCCUAAACCGGGGAGAACCCACCAGAACCUCCAUGGAACCGAACUCAGAGUGAGCCCAGGGGCGCCGCCAUGAACGACCGGUACCACCGGGCGGCCCGGGACGGCUACCUGGACGUGCUGAAGGAGGCCACACGGAAGGAGCUGAACGCACCGGAUGAGGACGGCAUGACACCGACCCUGUGGGCCGCGUACCACGGGAACCUGGAGGCGCUCCGGCUCAUCGUGUCGAGAGGAGGUGACCCGGACAAGUGUGACAUCUGGGGCAACACGCCGCUCCACCUGGCAGCUGCCAACGGCCACCACAACUGCCUGUCCUUCCUGGUGGCUUUCGGUGCCAACGUGUGGUGUCUGGACAAUGACUACCACACGCCACUGGACAUGGCCGCCACCAAGGGACACAUGGACUGUGUUCGCUACCUGGACUCCAUCGCCUCCAAGCAGUUCACCCUUAACCCAAAGUUGGUCGGCAAGCUCAAGGACCGGGCGUUCCGCGCUGCCGAGCGCCGGAUCAAAGAUUGUGAGAAGCUCCAGAGGAAGCACCGUCAACAUAUGGAGAGGAGGUUCAUGAAGGAGUCCGCCGCGAUGGACAACUUGGAUGCUAUUAGCUUUUCCAGCUACACCAGUGGCAGCACAUUGAGCCGCAAGUUCAACACUGUCACCUCCAACAUGCCAUACUCGCAGGCCACCCUGCACUCCACCGCCAAGGGCAAGGCCAAGAUACAGAAGAAGCUGGAGAAGAAGAAGCAGGUUGAUGGAACGUUCAAGAUCUACGAGGACGGGAGGAAAAGUGUGCGUUCGCUGUCCGGCCUGCAGCUCGGCAAUGACGUCAUGUUCCUCAAACAGGGCACAUACGCCAACCCCAAGGAGCGGUCGCGCCUUAACAUCCGCGACAUGUUCCCCCAUGACAAUGACGACGAUGCCGACACCGUCUCCCGUGCCAUGAGCGACCCGGGCCUCCAUGAGGCUGCAUACUCUGAGAUUAGCACAGACUCCGGACGCGAUUCCCUGUUCAACCGACCCGGGCUCGGCACCAUGGUGUUCAGGAGGAACUACAUGAGUGGAGGCAUGUUUGGUAUCGGGACACGGGAUGAAGGGAGUGUAGCAGGGAGUGAGCCGGUGGGCCGGGCACCUAACGUUCGUCUACGAGGACAUCUGCCUCGACGCUCGCCCAGCUUUGAUGAGGACAGUAUUGGCAGCGCCUUGAGCCUGCAAGAAAGAAACCUUCAGGAGUUGCCCUGGGAGGAGACAGAUGUUGCGUUGGAUCAGGACUUUGAGCCAGAGAACAGUCCUCUGGAGACCUUCCUGGCCUCUCAAAGCCUCAGUGAGUUCAUGCAGAUCUUCAGAAGGGAGAAGAUCGACCUGCAGGCUCUGCUUCUUUGUUCAGAUCAGGACCUCACCAGCAUUCAUAUCCCUCUGGGCCCCAGGAAGAAACUUCUGGAUGCCUGCAAGAGACGUCUGGACACUCUAGAUGAACCAGAGGGCAUUGAAGACACUGAGCUCUGAAGGUCUCCAUGAAGUUUAAAUGGGAAGCGCCGCUGUCCUUUCCAACUACAUAAACCUUUGAUGUCACAGAUAAGCUACUACUUUUGCAUGCAUAAUUUAUGUAGAUGACAUUGGCUGGGGAUGACGGACAUCACUGGUAGUGAUGACCCCCAUUGAGUCACUAGUUGAUUAGCUACUCUAAUAUUAGUAAAGCCUGAAAACCUCCUGUGGCCCAAACAUAGACUGUAAACGUGGACGGAGCUUCAGGGUCUAAAAAGAGGUUUUGAAGCGUGUACCCUCCCCAGCUCCACACGUCCAAAUCUGCUUACUUCUGAAGAUGGAUGACGGCUUCAUGUCAAACUCGCGGCUUUAAAACAAACUCAUUUAAUGUAUAAACUUGGGUCCAAAAAGCAUUUUCCCCAUUUCUAAAAGAGAAGUCUGUAAAACUGUUGACAGGACGCCUCCAACUGCAAACAAGGUCAAAUAAAACGAAGGUUCUUACAUUUGUAAAACUUUCUCAGAGGCUAGAGAACUUAAAGGUGUGACAACGUAACCCUUCAAGCGCAGUGAGCAGAGUAAACUCCUGUCAGGGCUCCACCCGUCUGUGCAGCGAUCUAAUCAAUGACUGAAAGCACCUGUGUGCAGGUGUGUCAGCACAGCCUUUAACAAAUGAAGCGUGACCUGGGAGCUGUUUUACUGGCUAAAUGGCGCCACCUAGUGAUGAGAUCAUGGAGGGUGAAAAGACAUUUUAGCUGCAUGAGAACAUCUAAUGUUGUUGUGCAUACACAAUGCUGGCUUCAGGUACAGUCAGUGAACACAGCAUUGAAUCUGAAGCUUUGCCACACGUACAAACACAUGCGUGAGCGUCCUGCGUCGUGUCUGCAUGGAUUCUCUUCCAGUGAAAUUCAGCCUGUUACUGUAACACCUGUUAUCUGCAUUAAUUCAUGCAUCAUUGAAUUAUUUAUGAAUGUACCUACUUUAAAUAUAUUGUACAGUUUUCUUACUUUAAACGCGUCGUUUUACUCUGUGGCACACAAACAGAUUUAGUAUUUAUGGAUGAAAACAUCCUCGGGCUGACUGUUGCUCUGUAAACUGUGUCGCAACAGUAAAAAACAAGUUGCGGGGUUAUGUGAGUUUGUGUUAGAUAACGCUGUUAUCUCAGGUUGCUCCGGGACGUGUUUGGUUUCAAGUCUGUUUCUGAGUAUGCAUGAAUGUACGUUUUAUGAUGAGAAAAAUGUUUUUGUAUGUGAAGCUGUAGCCACAACUGUAAUUAUCUUUAAUA